UUGGGUCACGUGAUUCUGUCUUUCCCCACAAUCUGCCAUCAUGGGUCGCAUGCACGCUCCAGGAAAGGGCAUCUCCGCCUCCGCUUUGCCCUACCGUCGCAGUGUACCAACGUGGCUGAAACUGUCUGCUGAAGAUGUGAAAGAACAAAUCUUCAAGCUGUCCAAGAAGGGUCUGUCUCCGUCGCAGAUCGGCGUGAUCCUGCGGGACUCCCACGGUGUGGCCCAGGUGCGCUUCGUAACAGGCAACAAGAUUCUGCGCAUCCUCAAGGCCAAGGGCCUGGCUCCUUCCCUCCCUGAGGACCUCUACUGCCUCAUCAAGAAGGCGGUGGCCGUGCGAAGACACUUGGAGAGGAACCGAAAGGACAAGGAUUCCAAAUUCCGUCUGAUCCUGAUCGAGAGUCGCAUCCACCGACUGGCUCGGUACUACAAGGCCAAGCGAAUCCUCUCGCCCAACUGGAAAUAUGAGUCAUCCACAGCGUCGGCCCUGGUGGCGUAAGCCGCGCCGCGUCAGAGCCGUUCGGGGUACUUCAUGCGGGACGGUCGCUUCAGCAAGAAAUUCAUUAACAUCCAGCCAGUUGUUGUAAACUGUAUGAUGUGAAGAAGACAUUGUUUUGGGGUUUCAGUUGAAAAAUAAACAAAAGAAGGCUCUGUUUUCAGUUGUAGAGAAUUCCA